GCAUUCUCAGGCAUGAGGUAUUUCUGCAGCCUCCAGGACUAACCGGACCAUGGCGCUUUGGUGUUAAUGUGACAUCAGUAAAAGGAAUGAUGCUGAUCAAGAGCUGCUUUCAUCUGUGUGGGACUUCAAUUGGCAUCUGUCAAUUCACACUUCUCUUGGAAAACUGGUGGAAUUGUGGAAAUUUGUAUGGAGUCAAGAUCUGUCCCUCAUCCUAGGCUGCAUUAGCCUCAAGGUAUCAGAGACGCAACAUACUGGCAGUUAAAUGGGGUAAAAAUGGUCUUUUCAAGAGGAAGAUCCAAGUCUGUGGGUACUCUCUGGGGAUCUCAUUAAAGCACACUUUUCUUAAUAUACUGUACUGCAAUAACAGCUAUCAGAAUCGCCACAGUGUGGUUUCCUGAUAGACUUUAAAUUUCACAUCCUUACAUCUGAUUUGAAGUGACAGUGAGAGGAAGCAUAAGGUAUCUCUCCUUCUGUUUGGACUCCUUGUUUAGAGAAGAGUGAUGGAGGCACUGUUAAGCACAAAAGGGAUCGCCAUAUGCCUAUUUUUCUCUGUAUUGAGUUUGACAGCAGCUAUUGAAAUACCAUUAUCAGUUGUGCAGCUUCCAACAAUCACGGAGCAACCUCGCACCCAAGUUGCCUACCCUUUUGAUGAGGACUUUACAAUUAAAUGUGAAGCUAGAGGAAACCCACAUCCCACCUUUAACUGGACUAAGGAUGGAAAACCAUUUGAUUUAUUAUCUGACCCAAGAAUAGUUGCAUCUAACAACUCUGGAACAUUUGUGCUUCAAAAUCGAGGAAUCAUCACCAGUUUUCAAGGGAAAUAUCGUUGCUUUGCAUCUAAUAUGCUGGGAACUGCCAUGUCAGAAGAAAUUGAAUUAAUUGUUCCAAGUGUACCAAAAUUCCCAAAAGAAAAAAUUGAGCCCCUGGACGUGGAGCAUGGUGAUUCUGUGAUUUUGCACUGUAACCCCCCAAAAGGCAUCCCACCUUUGCACAUCUAUUGGAUGAAUAUUGAUUUGCAGCACAUUCCGCAAGAUGAAAGGGUCUCCAUGAGCCUUAAGGGAGAUCUCUACUUUGCAAAUGUGGAAGAAAAUGACAGUCGAAGUGAUUAUUGUUGCUUUGCAGCAUUUCCAACACUAAGGACGAUUGUACAGAAAAUGCCAAUGACACUCAAGGUUUCCCGUUUUAAGCAUGCUAAUGACUCAGGCUCACCUAAUGCUGCAGUUACUAAGGCAAAUUUUAUCAAGGAACGGAAACCCAAACUGCUGAUCCCUCCAGAAUCUGCUGGCAGUAGCUCAUCAGUCACUGUCAUCAAGGGAGGUGUCCUGCUACUUGAAUGUAUUGCUGAAGGGCUCCCAACUCCUCAUCUAAGCUGGGUCAAACUCACUGGAAACCUGCCCAGGGAUGAACCAGAAACAGAAAACUUUGGGAAGAUACUGAAGAUAGAGCAAGCGACUGCAGCUGACGAAGGAACAUACCAGUGCACAGCAAGCAACCCCAUGGGGAGAGCGAAGCACGAGUUCCAUGUUCAUGUGGAAGAGCCUCCUCAGUGGAUAAAGGAGCCCGAAGGUGGUGUUUACAGCAUAGGAACAAAUCUUGUGCUGCUGUGUGAAGCUAUUGGCAACCCGGAGCCAACCAUUCAGUGGAAACUUAAUGGGGCACCCAUCGAUAGUAGGACCUUCAGAGGCAGAAUCUCUGCCAGAGAGAUCAGUCUUACCAACUUGCAGCUUCAAGACAGUGCUGUCUACCAGUGCGAGGCCAGCAACAAGCACGGCACCAUCCUUGCGACUGCCAACGUGAACGUUCUCAAUAUUGCUCCCUUAAUAUUGACCUCAGAUGGUGAAAACUAUGCCACAGUUGUGGGUUACAGUGCCUUCCUGCACUGUGAAAUUUUUGCCUCACCUGCAGCAGAUAUUAGAUGGACUAAGGAUGAAAGCAUAGAGCCACUUUCGACAUCACGCUAUGAGUUAAAUAAGAAUGGCACCCUAGAGAUCAAAGAAACAAAGAAAGAAGACACUGGAUCAUAUGCUUGCUGGGCUGCAAACUCUGUUGGUAAAAGAGCGAUCACUGCUAAUCUGGAUAUAAGAGAUGCUACAAAACUUGUUGUUACUCCAAAGAACCCCCGAGUGCUGAAAUCACAUUCAGUUUUAUUGAAAUGUCAGUCUGAGUAUGAUUCACACUUGAAACACAGUUUUAGGUUAUCCUGGAGGAAAGAUGGAGAUGAGCUGCCAGUCAACAGCACAGAAGAUGGCAGGAUAAUUCUGGACAAGGAUACACUGUUCAUAUCAAGUGUGACACUGAAGGAUCAAGGAGUUUACACGUGUGUGGCCAGAACUUCUCUGGACAGUGUCACAGCUGAAUCACAGUUAGUUGUUCUUGAUGUUCCUGAUCCACCAGAAGACCUUCAGCUCUCAGAAAAUCAAAACCGAAGUGUUCGACUAUCCUGGAAAGCUGGAGCCAGUCAUAACAGCCCUAUUAAUGAGUUGAUUAUAGAGUUUGAAGAGGACCGGUGGGAGCCUGGGAGGUGGCAGGAGCUAACCCGAGCGCCGGGAAAUGAUACCACUGUUCUUUUGUCACUGGCCCCGUAUAUGAAUUACCAGUUCCGUGUCGUGUCUGUGAAUGCAGUUGGAAGGAGCCAGCCUAGCAAACCAUCGCUGCGCUAUGCAACACCUCCAGCUGCUCCGGACAAGAACCCAGAAAACAUCCGAGUUGAAGCCUCUGAGCCAGAUGAAAUGGUGAUGAAAUGGGAGCCAUUGAAACCCAUGGAGAGGAACGGGCCAGGACUGGAGUACAAAGUCAGCUGGCGGCAGCGGGGAGUUGAGGCGGACUGGAACGAGGAGACAGUGAAGAAGCAUUCUCUGACCCUGCGAAACACCCCCACCUUUGUGCCUUAUGAGAUCAAAGUCCAAGCGGUAAAUAAUUUAGGAUCUGGUCCUGAACCAAACGUUACCAUCGGAUAUUCAGGCGAGGACAUUCCAGAUGCUGCUCCUUCCGACGUAUCAGUGGAUAUUGUGAACAGCACACUGGUCAAAGUCUUCUGGUUUGGAAUACCAAAGGACAGAGUUCGUGGGCAUUUAAGAGGCUAUAAGGUCAAUUGGUGGAAAACAAAAAGCAUGCUGGAUGGGAAGAGGCAUCACCCAGAGAAACAGUUCCUGACAUUUGUAGGAGACAGAAACUAUGGGAUGAUUCCUGGUCUAGAGGCCUUCAGUGAAUUCCGCUUAACUGUUUUGGCUUACAACUCCAAAGGAGAUGGCCCAGAAAGCUCCCCCAUUGUGUUUGAAACUCCAGAAGGAGUGCCCGAACAACCACGUUUUCUAAGGAUCCUGAACUUCGACAAGGACUCUGUCACUCUAUCAUGGGGACUUCCCAAGAAAGCAAACGGCCACCUUACUGGCUACAUUUUGCAAUACCAGAUGAUAAAUGAAACACAUGAAAUCGGACCUCUGAACGAUGUCAGUGUAACCAACCGCUCCACACUCAGCUGGAGGCUUUCAGGUCUCAGCUCCAGCACCAAGUACAAAUUCUACGUAAAGGCUUGUACAGUCAAAGGCUGUGGGAAGCCGGUCACAGAAGAAGGACUAACGAUGGCUCAAGGGAGUAAAGGGAUCGGCAAGAUUUCAGAAGCAGUAAACCCCACACAAAAGUUUCACCCCAUUGAGGCACUUGAGCCUGGAACUGAAUAUACAGUUCGUCUAGUGACUAAGAAUUGGGUUGAUAACAAUAGCAUUUUUGAAGAUGUAAUUGAGACAAGGGGGAGAGCCUAUGCUGGUAUUUACGAUGGAAUUUCCACCCAGGGGUGGUUUAUUGGACUGAUGUGUGCCAUCGCUUUGCUCACCCUACUGCUCCUAACUAUUUGCUUUGUCAGAAGAAAUAAAGGAGGAAAAUAUUCAGUGAAAGAAAAAGAAGAUUUGCAUCCAGAUCCUGAAGCCCAAUCAAUAAAAGAUGAAAUCUUUGGGGAAUAUAGUGACAGCGAUGAAAAGCCACUGAAAGGCAGCCUCCAGUCAAUUAACGGGGACAUUAAAGCCACUGAAAGUGCUGAUAGUCUGGUAGAUUAUGGAGAAGGGGAGCAUGGGAUGUUCAAUGAAGAUGGUUCAUUUAUUGGAGCUUAUUCUGGAUCUAAGGAAAAAGGAUCAGUGGAAAGCACUGGGAGUUCUACAGCGACUUUUCCCCUCCACGCCUAAAAUAUCAGCAACAAUAAUUUGUGUUUAAUUGUGGUAUUUAUCUUGAUUAGUACUCCACAGUUACCACAUGUGGUUGGAAGCAGGUUGCCAAUUGAGCCAGGUAGUAUAAAAACAAGUCACUGCCACUAAAAGAUGAUUUUUCAGACUUUUCUGUCCUAAUUUUUAGGUGUUCUCUUCUAAUUUAAACAAAACAAAUAAUUCUUGAUUAUAAAAAUUGUCUUUGUCAGUCUUACCAAAACAGAAUUUCUCAGUGUUACAUGUGUAUACUUAACUACUACUCUGUAUGUUUCUUAGGUUUGGAAUAUGUUUCUCUAUAUGGUAUUUUUUUUCUUAUAUGGCUGUUGUCACUUUGUACAUACAUUUAUAUGUAGUAUUAACUCACAUAUGGUGACCUCUGCAUUGCAGAGGUUCUAAUGAAACAGGAAAAUCAAACAAAACCAUCAGGUUACUCUGCAAAGUGACACAAUCCAUCCUACUGAGAAAAAUGAUAAUUUAAAAUACUGGAGAAAUAUAUUCUAUAUAUUGUACAGUUUUUCAUAAAGAAAUAAACUCCUUUGCUUAUGAUACUCUAAAAUUAAUUUAGUGGUUACAGCUGACUGCAAUUACCAGUACUUAGAGAUGCAACUUUAUCCACAUAAAAAUUGCUCUUAAAAGACAAAGCUCUGGCCUUGUGGAUGGAGCUUCUGUCCAGUAGCUGGCACUAUUUCCUUAAGUAAGUUAAGCUGCAGUAACUUUCCUGUGGCAAGGCAAAACAGGGUUCCCAUCCACCAUCAUUAAAAAAAUAUUUUAAUUUGUUUUUCUGAGUCUCUGCAAGCUGCAUUUCUAAGCAAAAUGCUUGUUGUCUGUCUCAUAUCUGUAUAUUUGUGCGCUAGCAUACAUUUCAUGGAGACAUUGUACAUAUGAUAUUAAUAUUGACAAAAGUAAAAAUCAGCCUUGGUUUAUUUUGAAAUGAGACGUUGCUAGCAUGAGUCUGUAUAGCUGUGUAGGAAUGAAUAGGAUUGCUUCUCAAUAUGAGUUUGAACCAGCAAAACUAGUUUUUAGAUGGAGUUGUGUGUAUACCAGUCAUAUAAAUCUCACAUCUUUCUAGUGUCCCAUAAAAUAGACCUACCUGACUUGCAAGAGAUCAUUUAUUUUCAAGCUAUUCAUUGUUAAAUAAACAACAGCGAAAGCAAAGAGAAAAUAUUAUGGUAUAGUUUCUUUUAUAUUUUGUUUACUGAACCCUGGUUUAAAUCUGGUUCUUUUCUUUGCCUCUCCAACAUUAAUUCAUCAAAGCUGUACAGCACAUUUUUUUGGUCUUUUUGUAUUGGAAUAUACUGAAUUUCUUUAAAAGCAUUUUUAUUUUUGAAUGUGCUUAUUUGAGUAGAGUAUCAAUAUGGCUCCAUUUCUUCUUGCAUUUAGAAAUGACUGUCGCUUCACUUAUAAUCUUUUAAAAAUUUUUACUGCAUGAGGAAUAGGUCCUAAAAACCAUUUUGCAUCGUGAUAGUAAUUAAGCAAAUAUCCCCAAUGGCUCCUUCAUGGUCCCUAUUACUUCAAUGGAAGAAAGAGCGGAAGCAAGAAUUACUCACAUGGUUAUGAGUUUCCAGUAAUGCCUACACUUAAGACUCGUUAGUUGGCUACAGAAAUGCAGGUUGUUACCAAUACAACAUAAACCCACAGUUUUUAUGUGGCUCCCCUGAUGUUUGGGCUCCUCACCAGGGAAUUGAAUUCUCAGUUGUGCUCAUCAGUUUCCGAAAGCAGUGAGAGACCAUUGGGGCUCAAUCCUCCUGCUUAUGUGUUCCUCUUUUUUAUUAUUGUUUUUGCUCAGAAGGACCUUUCAUCUAGCCUCUAUUUGGGCAAAGCAGACCCCAAACAGUCAGCCUGAAACCCCCAUUGAUGCCGAGGGUAUGAGUGUAAAAGGAUGAAUUGAAAUCUGCCCACUCCCUCUCAGUGUGACACCAUGGUAUAAAGAGUUUGAUUUUAUUAUUUAUAAGCUUUGUUUUCUGUGUUUCUCUAAAUCCAAAUAUUGAAAAAAAUUCCAAAGUAAUUUUCAUUUAAAAAAAAAAAAAAUAAUUCUAAAAGAAGGGAGUGCAUAAUUGGAAUAAAAUUGGGGUGGACCCCCUGAAGCCACGCAGGCCUGACUGUGCAGAGGGCUGUGGAAGGGCUGGACCCCUCCCAGUAUGGGGUCACCAAGCAGGGCAGAGCUUUGGCCAGACACACAUGGGAGAGGCUGGAUCCAACCCAUCCACAGUCCCGGUCACCCAUUUUCUUGUACUUUUGGCUGCUGCAGAUCAGCUAGAGUCAUUGUCCCAGAAAACGCCGAUGUUAAACAGACACAAAUUUCAAAUCAUAUUAGUGAGUGUCAAAUUAUUGAAUAAUGAAUAUAAAUCCCCUGUGCUAUCUCACUUGCUCUGUUGCUACUAAGAGGUGUUUAUGACAUUCCUGUGAUGUGCUACUCAUCUGUGCCGUCAUGAGUGCUUUUUCUAUUAAAAUUUUAAUUCAGAUCCUUAAAUCUUAAUGUUAGUGUUUCAUGAUGCCUCAGGGCCUAAAAAUCAUACAAAAAGAUGUGCGAUGGAAUUUGUACAAUGUGACUUUUAAGGAUUAUACCCGAUGAAUGUUAAACAAAUGGCCAAAACUGCCAGGGAAUCUCACUCACUUGAGCUUUUGUCUCUUUCUCAAUCAUUUCUUUUCCUUUUUUUUUUCUUUUUCCCCCCACUGGGAUGUUAUUGUCUAUUGUAAUGGUACCACUCAUACAAUGUACCUUGUAAAGUGCAGGAUACUAAUGUUUUUUUAGAGGUUUGCUUUCAAAAGUAAACUAACAGAGCAAGCUCACAUUUUCCUGAGCAGUUUUUUGUCUUUGCCAGGAGAUGGGCUGGAAUUUUUUCUAGAGCAGUUUGUUAAAGGUGAGAGGAAGUGUGGCCAUGCAGGCUGAAUGAAAGGUAUCGCCAACUGUAUUGUACUUCUGAAACAGUCCAUUAAAUCAAGUAACUUUUUAUUCUGAUGGAAAGCUGUGAUGAUUUCAUCAAUUAAUACCUAGCUUUCAGACUGCCUGCUGGGAGGAAGGAUGACCAGCCAUGUGAGCAUGCAGACCAUGCUGGGUAGGAAAUUAUUAAUUACCUGGUGCCAGGGCUUUUAGUUUGGUUAUGUUUGGUUAUGGUAAACUAUUACAUUUUGCUGGCAGCACAAGUGUGAGAUGGGAAAUGACACUUUCAGAUUUGAUACCUUGGUCAACCCAGGAUGCAGUUUCAUCCAGCAAGGAGGAGGCAUUUCCCUGGCCCCAGGCAUCCUGGUUUGUGGAUUUAACCACCCUCCUCUGGAACAAGAGAGGGAUGAAUGUUUCUCAAAAAGUUGUGUGGUUUUCACUGCACAGAAGUUUAAGCAAAUAAAUCAGCUUUUUCUAAUGAAUCAGUAAAAGCCCCCGUGUUCCAGCUCCCGUGCAAAUGAGCCAUUUGUGUUCACAGACCAGCGUACUGUUGGUUUGCUUUGGAUUGUAAUCUCAGACCUAGGUUUUUAUUAAAAAUAAUAAUUUUAUAUAUAUAUAUAUAAUGUAAUUGCACAAUCAAGAACUUGUAGGAAUGGCCCCAGCUUAAUUGUCUGGCAAAAUUUGGAGUCCCAGUCUCAAGCAAUCCUCACUUGCACUUGACUCUGUUCUUCAGCAAGUCCAAGGGUGUAGGACUGGGUACUGAAGCCCUUCGGGGCUGCAUCUUCUGGAAGAGCAGAAUUAGGAACCAGAUCAGAAAGUGAGUUUCCCCUCUGGAUGAAAACGCUUGUGUACAUAUAAUGAAUUAAAAAACAGACAAAAAAAAAAAACUUGUACCUAAAGUUUUAGAGUGAAAUAUCUUAGACUGUCAUUUAAUGAUUUGUGAUUUUUGUUUUGUUGUGUUAUUACACAAAUUUUAAUGAGUAGUUCUUUUUCUGAUAACUACUUCCAUUGACUGAAUGGGUCAAAUCCAAUGCAUAAGAGUUUUUAAUAAAUUUUUUCAGGAUUAUAUCAUUUUUGAGAUGAAAACAAGUGCUAGCACAAUCUUUCUGUAUAAAAAGGUCUCUUUUUAAACAGUAGUACAACAUGCAGUUUUGUAAACUAAAGUUAGAAUAGCAUUCAUUGAUCCUCAAACACUUCCAAAAGGAAGUCUCAUCGUAAUUUUUUAUAGUCAUUAUUUUGCAGAUGAGUGGUAAAUCUGGAUUAUUUUAUAUGCCUGUAAGAAUGGAUGUAAAGAAAGGAAGUUCUUCACGGCAAGAGAAUUUCUGUUGUUUGGCAAUGGAUCAAGCCCUCAGCUGCAUCUCUGAUAACGUGUAGUAUUUCAAAAUAAGGUGCAUAAACCAUGUUGGAAUACGAGUACAUGUUUACAUUGCAACUCCAUAUCUUUCAUGCAGAAGUCUCAAGUGAUCUGCACUGAUUUGUUCAGUUUUCAGGCAGGAACCGGUAGGUGAGUUUGAGCCAAAGCACACUGUCUCUUUCGGUUUUUAUUAUUAUUAAACAAGAUACUUUGUAAUUUCAUGAGAAAAGAUCAAAGCAAAUGUGGUGUCACUGUUACAAUGUUACUUUUUGAGCUAAAUGUUAGUGUGCAUUUAUUAAAGUUUAGACAAAUGUGUUGUACUGUAGUUGCUGUUUGUAUCAUGCGUAUGUGCACGUAUGGUUUUAAAAGAUAUUUUCAUUUUACAUGAAAUACAACUUUGCUAAUAAAAGUUUGACUUGAUGUAAUCUUCAA